CCCUAAUCCUGCCUCACCCCUUUUCAUCCCUGCCCCAUCCCUGUGCCUGAACCGCACACUCUGCAGCCUCACCUUCGCCCCAUAUCCACCGAGCUAAGAAAACCGAACAACAAUGUCCACCAGCGAGCGUUUCGACUGCCAUUACUGCAAAGAAUCCCUGCUGGGGAAGAAGUACAUAAUGAAAGAGGACACGCAGUACUGCACUAAGUGCUAUGAGAACCUGUUUGCUAACUGCUGUGAGGGCUGCUCUUUAGCAAUUGGCUGUAACAGCAAGGACUUGUCCUACAAAGAUCGUCACUGGCACGAACAGUGUUUCAACUGUGCAAAGUGCAGCCGCUCUCUGGUGGAAAAGGCCUUUGCUGCAAAGGAUGAUUUGUUGCUGUGCACUGAAUGCUACGCCCACGAUUAUUCCUCCAAGUGCACCACCUGCAAGAAAACCGUCAUGCCAGGAUCCCGCAAAAUGGAAUACAAGGGGAACAGCUGGCAUGAGACCUGCUUCCUGUGCCACCGCUGCCAGCAGCCAAUAGGAACCAAGUCCUUCAUCCCAAAAGACAGCGGCUACUUCUGUGUGCCCUGCUUCGAGAAGCAGUUUGCCUACCAGUGCUGCGCUUGUAAGAAGGCCAUCACAACAGGUGGAGUGACCUACCAAGACAAGCCCUGGCACCGUGAGUGUUUCCUAUGCAUCAGCUGCAGGAAGCAGCUGUCAGGUCAGCGCUUCACCUCCAGGGAAAACUACCCCUACUGCCUCGAAUGCUUCAGCAACCUGUAUGCAAAGAAGUGUGUGGGCUGCACCAAAGCCAUCACCAGUCUGGCAGGGGCCAAGUACAUCUCUUUUGAGGAGCGCCAGUGGCACAGCGAGUGUUUCACCUGCAUGCAGUGCUCUGUGUCACUGGUGGGACGCGGCUUCCUCACCCAGCGCGACAACAUCUUGUGCACCGACUGCGGCAGGGAAAAGUGACCUUUCCAUUAUCCCAAUAACAAUCAGAGCUCCUGUCCUGAUACAGAUAUCUCUAUGAAUAUUUCUUCUUCGCAUGCCUGGUACAUAAACAAACUCUGAAUGUCAGAUGCUUAUUUUGGUGUUACAUAUGACCAUCAGUUCUCUCACAUUGCCCACACACACAAAAACUGUGAUGUUUCCAUAAAGAUAAACAUGUAUCUUUAUAAUCAGGGCGCUAUCGUUGCACUGUUGAUGAAUAUAUUCUUUAUUGAAAUGAAAAAUGCAUGUUUUUUUCCCACAUGCUUUUACUAGAGCUGACUGCGACUGGUCAUUCUGGAUUAAUUGAUUGACAGAAAAUGUAUUAUGUUUUAGAAAAGUGAUUAGGGCCUGUGUCCACAUAGCGUUUUUCUUUGGCAGAAAAGCUGUGGCAGGGUGUUAGGGAGCACUUGAUCCCAGCACUGCGUAUCAGUUUUGUUUCUACGACAACAAUAUCUUACCCUUAAUUAUAGCUAGGUAGCAAACAUAACGCUGCAUUAACAGAGGGCUGACUACACUACAACUACAAGCUUACAACACUCACAGUGUUUAAAGCAUAAUACUCACCAGCAACACUCACAUCACAUCAACACAUUCUCAGUCCGACCUUGUUACGUACUGACGUUUGGUCAUGGACUUUUCAUGUCCAGAUAUGACGUGAAAGAUACCCUGGGUGCGUUGGAUGUUAAUGUUCUGGGACACUGUGUCAACUUCAGCCUGUUACAUGCAUUGUCUUCUUUCAAAAUACACUUCAGAUUUCACAGGAAAUUUACUGUUUACAUACAGUCUCUUUCAAAAUAAACGCACUACAUCAGUACAACAACACAAAUUUACUCUUUUUUUUUCCUCCUACAACUAAUGCACGUGGUUAGGUUUAGGAAAAAAGAACAGGGUUUGGCUUUAGAAUCUUACGGGAUCUGAGCACCGCUCUCACGGGUGAAGGUUGGUGUUUGAUGGACCUAUCGGCCACCCCUCCAGCCUACCCUACUCGGACUUUUGCCGCCUUAGCUUUUGUUCUUGCCCCACUGCGUUUCCCCCUGAAGCCACUGAGCACCGUUAAACUAACAUUGACCGGCCACGUAUCAUGCUGACGUUAAAGGAUGGCUUUUUUCAUCAGUGUCUGACGCUGCAAGUCACUGACCCAGCAUCGGACUUUGACAACUUCAGAGUGAGAUGGGGUAGAUCAUACAGCUUGGGAUCGACAGUAGCUAAAGGAGCAGCAGUGACGAUAUCGGAGCAUUUAUGAUGCGCGGAAGGUGCAUUCCAAAGCGAGAGCGAUGCUGUCACUGCAUGCAAGCGUUCUCGUGCACCUAUUUUUCAAGGCAUAUAAGGCAUAAACAAAGUUCAACUUUUGGAACACAGCAACAUGCACUGCAUGUCAUGUGAUGAGGAACAGCCAAUUACAGCUUACGCAUAUCUCUCCUUUCUUCUGUUAAUUAUGAAUAUACAGGAGAAGAUGAUCAUUUUAAUGCAGGGCUACCCAGAGCUUUACAUCUCUCCCACUGACAACAUUUUAGGCCUGAUAAACACUGAAAAAACAACACCUGGAAGAAGAUCAGCUGCGCACUGUGGAUUUCUAAUAAAUAGGCUAUGAUAAGGUGCUAGUUAUGGUUACUUAGCAAGUUCAGGCACAACUUCCUGCCAUGCCCUUAACAGUUGGCACAGAGUAGACACAAGAGUAUACCCUCCAGCACCCGACCUUGCAUUUACCAGGCAGUAAAAGAUAUAGCAUGUGGCUUGGGCCUUCAGAGAUUUUCAACUAGAAGCACUUGGAGUGGCCAUACAAAAAAGCUGUAGCACUCCGAAAAAGAGCUUUAGCAGAGAAUUUAUUCUCUGUUUCCUGCCCAUUCAAUUAAAAUACUGAGAGAGUGCUGUGGAAAGUGGCACUCAGAAAAAAAUGCAAUGUGGACACAGGCCUUUCACUGUUUUAAUCUUUUUUCAAGCAAAAAUGUUAAACAUUUGUUUGUUUCAGCUUCUUGUGAGUUAGGAUUUAA